AUGCCGAAAUCCAAGAAACAUCAAAGCCUCUUGCGCAAUAGUUUCAACUUCCCAACUUUCAGCGGCCUUCCAGAUGAGCCUGAGAAUGAAAUUGACCUCAGAUACUACGAUAAUGGCCCGUUCGGAUUCAAACCCGGCCAGCACUGGUGCUUUCUCGGCGAAAUUGUCGAGUCCAUCGGUCUUGUGCGAGUCCUGUUACGCGUAAAGGAUAAGGACGGUCAAGUCGUUACUGUUGGGCUGUACACAGACGACCGUGGACAAGCGCUUGCUCCGCAAAUCAAGGAAGGUCACACAGUUGCUGUACUGUAUGGCGAGCAACAUGGUUUCCUAGACAUGUCCGUUGGCAUACGCGUCGAAGAUACCUCCAACAUCAAAAUUAUACCAUGCUCACUCGAGCAGCUGCUAAAGGCUAGCGAUGAUGUGGCUACACUGCGCAAAGGCCAGCCAAGACGUUGUGGAUCCUGUGGUAAGGAGGAGAACGCCUCUGACAACACGCACUUGCGUUUGUGCUCUCGCUGCAGGCACACGCCUUAUUGUGGAGAGGAUUGUCAGAAGAAAGCCUGGGCGGCCGGUCACAAGGCUAACUGCAAGGCACUUGUUGGGGUACGGUGGUUCACAGAAAGGAACUGGAGAACGUUCCAUGACUGGUUUAAUUUCUGA